CCGAAGCUUCCAUCAGUUGCACCGUGUCCAAGUUCCGCUUCAGCCUUUACGUGGCUCCUUGUUACAUUUCCUAAUUUUUCUCGCUUUCCAUCAUGAAGCUCGCUAUCCUGGCUGCUCUAUUGGCUGUCGCGGCUACAAGCGUGGCUAGCGGACAUCACCGACGACGCUCCGAAUGCUGCAGUGCAUGGAAGCGCUACAUUGUCCCGAUUUCCUCCUCGGUGGCACCAACAAAACCCACCACUAAGCCGUGGCAGUACGCCGUCCGCGUGGGUCAGAGCCUGUUCAUGACCUCGGUGCGCGCCUUCACUUCCUUCGCCAACCGCACCAUCAUCAGUCCGGGCGGCACCUACAACGAAGCCAUCCAGGUGAUGAGCUUGACGGAGCAGAUCCUCAACGAAGCCGGCUGCACCUGGAACGACGUGCACGAUGUAGUGGCGCUCAUCACCGCCGGCCCCACCGACUACCCCGUCAUCGACACCGCCAUGAACGACUUCUGCGCCACCCACGGCUGCUCCGGCUUCCCUUGGACUGGUCAUCUGCGUACUUCUCCAUCCUUCAGCGGUGGCGCCACCGUCGAAUUCACCGUCCAGGCUAGCAACUGCAACUGGACAGGAGAAGAUAACGAGUGCUCGUGCGAAUAAUGAGAAAGCCUUGUCUUUUUGCCGUGUGUCAGAAUCAUUUCUAGCUGUAUAUUAAGGAACUAUCACUUAUGUGACUGAGGAACUGAGGGUCAACAAUUAAUUACUGUCCAGUGAAAAUGUUAAAUUUACUCUUAAAACCGUAAAUUAAUAAUUCAUGAGCUGAUAAUUUGUGAACUAUCAACGAAUGUUAAAUUUGAUCUUUAAAACUGUGAGUUACAUGUAUCUGUUGGUAAUUCUGGAAACAUUAAAAACUUAACUGCUAUA